AUGUCAGCAGACAAAGACACCAACUCGACGCCCUCCAGGGCUACUGCAACCUAUCCCAACACCAGAGCGCUGCUGGGAAGAUUUGUCACUGGAUUUUAUACACACCUCGGUGUGAGUCGCAUUUUGAGCAAGUUGCAGGCCAAUUUCUAUUGGGCUAACAUGCGGAAGGAUGUCCACGCUUUUGUCUCUCAAUGCACUACAUGUCAGCAGACAAAGACACCAACUCGACGCCCUCCAGGGCUACUGCAACCUAUCCCAACACCAGAGCGCUGCUGGGAAGAUUUGUCACUGGAUUUUAUACAGCUUAAAAACAAUCCUUUGAAUUUGAUAGGGGACUCACUUAAUGUUGCAGCCCAUUCCGAGGUUACUACUAGGGAUGCGAUUCUGCGUAAGUUGCACUCUAAUCUCCACAAGGCACAAGAGGCCAUGAAAAGAUGGGCAGAUACUUGUCGCCGCGAUCUUCAUUUUGAUAUUGGUGACUUGGUUUAUGUCCGCCUCCGCCCUCGUCGCCAAGCCUCAGUCACUGGUCCCUACCUUAGUAAGCUGCAGAAGAGGUACUUUAGUCCUUUCAAAGUCUUGGAGAAGCCCCUUAGCUUACCUCCGGACAUAGAGGACAACCAACCCAUACUGGAACCUGCAGCCAUUUUGAACUGGAAGCUUUCGAAUGAUCCUGAUGACCCUCAGCAACUUGUCUUGAUUCAGUGGCAGGGGUUUCCCCUAGAAGAGACCAGUUGGGAGCCGUGGUCUCAAAUUAAAGCUCAAUUCCACCUUGAGGAUAAGGCGACUCUCGAACCAGGAGGAGGUGUUAGGCCCAUUUCCCAGUAUGACCCACCAGACCCAUUAAGUGUGCAGGAGGAAGUUAUUACUUAUGGAAGACCCCAAAGGAUCCGUAACAAACCACCUCACCUAGACGACUACGUGACUGAAUGA